AUGGUAGUGACAGCAACAAUGGACGAGACACAUCUAAAGAGAUUGAACAUAUGCACCGAAAUCAAGGCGAGGAAUAUCAAGUCUCAACGAAAUGCAGAGCUGGAGGCUCUGCGAAUGAAGGGGCUGGCCAAGGAGCGACGGAACUGGUUGAAUGAAUUGGUGACCUCUCCAUUGACAACAGCAGAAGAAGCUCGACAAUUUCUUGCAGUAAUGAAGGACAAGAGUAGAAGAGAAUCGUUUGAUCCAAACGAUAGAAAUAGUACACCAACUCGGCCAAAGACGUUUCUAUUGGCUGACGGUGUCGAUUCGUGGUUCAUGCAACAAAGACAUCGCGACAAAGAGCUUAGAAAGCGCCGCAAAGAGGCUGCUCAGCUACUCCAUGGAUACAAGGGAUACUACCCGGACAAGGAUGGUGACCUUGACUUUGGCCAUUGGUCCCCACGGAACAGUACUACCCCUCGAAACGGAACGACGCCUAAGGGACGAUCGUCUUUUGGUGGUGGUGAAUGGUCCGAGUCACGAUCAGCAAAGAAGGAUAAGAAACGGCGACAAACCUCAUUUGCCCGACUCGAAAACAAUGAAGCUGGCCUUGACGACUCGCGUGAUGACUUCUUUCCCAGCCCCUUGCCGACAAAUCGUACUGACUUUCUGAAGGAUCGCCCUACCUUUGAUGGAACAGGCUACGACAAGCCAGAAAAUAGUACCGCUUACGUAGAAGGACAUACCCUUUUCAAAGAAGCAGAGGAUGGUGAACAAGCCGCGAAUGUCAGUGAAGGGCGCGAUGCUGGAGCAACAUACACUCCAUUCCGUCACAUGAGUGUUGAUACUAGUUUCGGAACUAGUGAUGGUAUGCAUGAACAAGAAAAUGCAGAGACUGGAAAUCGGGAAGGAGUCUUUGACGAACGAGGUCAGGAAUCGUCUGGACGUACUGACUAUCAUGUUCCACAGAUUCCAGAACGCCAAGGUGUGAUGACAAGAGAGACUCUAGAAUCUCGGCGUCAACGUCACUAUGAUGGUCUUUUUCAACCAGGAGGUGGCAAUUCCGCAGCCAAGAUUCGUGGAGCUAGUGUCCGCAAGUUCAUGGACGGCAAAGUUCAGCCACGUAUUGACGAGAAUCAGAAACGAAUCGAUGACAAUCAGAAACAAACAGACGAAGUUCAGAGACGAAUGCAAGAUUCGAAUCUGAAAAUUGCGGAACGACUCGAAAAGAGAUUUGCGGAGACGCACAUGGAAAGCCCCCCAAUCCCCCCUUCAACUUCUCUCCUGUCAACUUCUACUGAUGGUUCGGCUCCACAACUUCCGGAGACCAUAUGGAGGGACUUUAUUUCAGAUGAACCUGGAGCGAGAUUUCCACCAGAAGCUGGGCGAUACCACUUGUAUGCCUCCUAUGCCUGCCCUGGGUCGCAUAGAGCUCUCAUUGUGCGAGCGUUGAAGGGCCUUGAAGAUGUUGUUUCGGUCACAAUUGUUCAUCCGACCUGGCGCCAUACAAACAGAGAGGACCCAACGGACAAGCAUCGUGGAUGGGUAUUCGGAGAUCCAUUUGGAAAACCAUUUCGAAACACUACUGGCAGAGGCGGCCCUUUCCCCGCCGCGUACAAAGGUAAUGAACCUGAUCCUAUAUUUGGAGCCAGCAGUGUUCGAGAGUUGUAUGAAUAUGCACGAGACACAUCUGGAAAGUACACUAUUCCGCUACUUUGGGAUAAGAAGACGAAUACCAUUGUCAAUAACGAAUCAUCUGAUGUCGCAUACAUGUUCAACUCUUGUUUCAACAAGUUUGCUGCAGAUAUCGACCUCGAUCUAUACACAGAGGAUGACGAAGAUGGGCUCCACAAGCUCAAUGAAGUGAGCCAAUGGCUGUACCCCAUGAUGAUCCAUGGAGUCUACAGGUGUGGAUUUGCUAAAACUCAAGAGAUGUACGAUAACGCCAUCAAUCAGCUCACAGCGGCCUUCGAUAUGGCCGAAGAGCUUCUUUCUAAGCAAAGAUACCUCACAGGAGAUACUUUGACAGACGCAGAUCUUCGUCUUUUUGUCACUUUGCUUCGCUUUGACGAAGUCUAUGCAUUCUACUUCCGUGCAAACACAAGGCUAGUGAUGUUAUCACCAGCUCUCUUGAACUUUUGUAGAGAGAUCUAUCAAAUGAAAGGUGUAGCAGAAACAUGCGACAUGGAUCAAAUUAAGGCUCAUUUUUAUGGGUCGCAUGCAGAAUGGAACAAGUAUUCUGUCAUCCCACGUGGGCUUGGAUUCAUCAAACUGCUAGAACAGCCACAUGACAGAGAUCAAUUUGAAUGCGAAGAAGCAACUGUGUCCGUGAGAAACGGAAGAGUUUCAUUCUAA